AUUUACUUUCCCACUGGUCCACUACAUGCACUUGCAGUGGCUCUAAUAAAUGUACACUCAGCAAAUGUACACUCGAGAAAGCAAGGAAGAUGGCGAGAUAUCGGAAGAAGGUGAAGUUAGAGGAAGGAGAGCCCAUGGAUGGAGCUGAAGCAGUAGCCCGAAGAAUCGACAGGCUGGAGCUCAUCAAUGAGUUUACCCAGUUCGUCCAGCAGCCGGACGGGGACCGCCGUAAGAUCCGUUCCCAGUACUACACCCAUCAAAACACCAUAAACGAGAGAAGCGAAGACAUUGGGAACUCUGAACCAGAGAAGUUCAAUGAAAUGUUUGUCAACGUUAAUGGCUUGUUCCAGUAUGUUACACGGCCGCGAGAACAGGUGGCUGAUGCAGAAACAGUGCUUGGACUUACCAGCUCUUUGGUGGAUUCUGUUAAGUCACAUCUCAAAGGAAAUGUGACACCUUCAGGGUUUGUUUACCAUCUUCUUAAACAUUAUGGAAGAAGAGGGGGUCGUGGUAAGAAUGCAGGGCCCAUACUACGCUGGGAAGAAAUUGCUUUACCCUUUCUCAAGGAUGGUUCAGGUUGUAAGACCAUGGUUGGACCAAUGAGUUACAAGAUAAAGCUUGAACCAGUAUAUUGUAUGAUCAAGCCUGACACACUGAAUUAUGUUAUCAAGCAUAGGGGGAUCAGAAAUGAGAUUAAGAAAACAAGAUGUACUCCUUAUGUUCGCCCGGUGAAGCUCCUUGAUAGUACUGCUGAGUGGAAGUCAAAUACUGAAGCGAAUGUUUCAUCAAUGUUUGAGGCCAUAAAAGAGAAGAAAUGUGUCAAGCUUGAGAAUCUUGUCCUUAACAGGAUUUCCUAUGCACAGACCAUUGAAAAUAUAUUUGUGCUUUCUUUCUUGGUAAAUGACGGACGGAUUGCUAUAAGAUUGGCUGAGAACGGCUCUUAUAUCGUCUCUACAAGUGAUGCAGCAGCAGCAUGUGUGGUUCUUCCUACCAAUGAGCCGUACCAGAAUUCAAUCUUCAGAUUUGAUUACAUAGAUUGGAAGGUUAUGUUAGAUUUGGUGCCAGAUGGUGAAGAGCUGAUGCCCCACAGGGAUCCUUUCAAGUUAUCCUGAUUACAACUGCAACCUCCUCCUGUAUAUGCUUGCUGUAUUUAGCUCUUUUUUGUCAGCUACUGCCAACAACAAUAUCCAAAUUUUGUAUAUAUUUAUGUUGUAAAAUGAUGCAUUUCUAACAGUUUGCCUCCAGAUGUGGAGAUAUUUUGUUUUUAUUUUUAUUUUUGCCCCUUGCUGCUGAAGUUUCUGCCAGAGGUGCAUCUUUUUGUGAAGCUGCUAUUGCUUUUGUAAGUUAGCUAGUCGUUAGCUUUUGUGGUGGUGACUGAUUUGUUCUGCACACUUUUUGUUAAGCUACUGCUAUGUUUGGAUGGGUUGUUGCUCUCUUUUGUAUCUGAAAC